UUUAGACCUAGUCUUUCUUUUUCAAUAUAAAAUAGAAAAGACACGGAGGAGCCAGAGCCGGAGCCGGAGCCAAACUUAAGCCGUCAACUGAUCGCAAAUAUAUCUGCAUUUUUGUUAGUGCAUGAAGUGAGAGGUGAAGUUUCCUAAAACCCAAAGCAAAUUACGUUGUACCUGUCUUUUUUGUGUCACCUCACGUCUUUCACCACUGCCCUCCCCCCUUGGUCUAAUCCUGACAAGAUAGAGUAUCAUACAAAACCCCGUUAGAUCAGAUCAGUUUUUAUCACUUCUACUAUAUAGAUAAGAUCUCCAGUUCCAAUCCUGGUGAAUUAUGGAAAAUAAUCUCCAGCUCCAAUCCUGGUGAAUUACGGAAAAUAUUUUGCUUUUCUUUAAAGGCUUCUUAUUUGAAGGCAGAGUGGUUUCUGGGUUUUGAGAGUUUUGAGAUUUGGUUGUGCGUAGAGGGAAAAAAGAAAGGAUUUUGGGGUUUUGGUUAGAUUGUGAUCAUGUGAUUCUUGGCUUGAUUUUGGAGGAGGAUUUGGUGGGUUUUGUUUAUUUGAGGGAUUAAGCAAGAAUUGGAGGUGGAAGUUUUAAGACUUUGCUGCUUUUGGAAUUUGCUCUUUUUUUUUUUCUUGGAGGAAUCAGUUAAACGAGGGAGUUCUGUUCUUUUUUUAUUAAAUUUUUAGCAAGUAAAGAAGUGUUGACAACUUGACACAGAGAAUAACGUUAGAAGCAACCAAGUGAUCUCAAAAGAUCAAAGAUUGCGGCAAGUAUCAACUCCACAUCCUUUCUUAAGCCUUUGUUUGUAUAUUUGCUAUGGCUCGUUUUGGAUCAUUUUGAGGCUCUUUUGCCUUUAAUUUUUUUCAAGUUGUUUAUUUGAUUAGAUGUAUCUUGCUUUAAUUGGGAAAUGGCAACUUUAGUGGAGCCUCCAAAUGGAAUUAGGCCAAGCGGGAAGCAAUAUUACUCAAUGUGGCACACUGUAUUUGAGCUUGAUUCAAAGUAUGUUCCAAUUAAGCCUAUAGGUAAAGGGGCUUAUGGUGUUGUUUGCUCUUCGAUUAAUCGGGAAACAAAUGAGAAAGUUGCCAUCAAGAAAAUCAAUAAUGUGUUUGAGAACAAGAUUGAUGCUUUGAGGACUCUCAGAGAGUUGAAGCUUCUUAGACAUAUCCGGCAUGAGAAUGUAAUUGCUCUGAAGGAUGUUUUGAUGCCUAUUCAGAGGACAAGUUUCAAGGAUGUGUAUUUGGUUUAUGAGCUCAUGGAUACAGAUUUGCAUCAGAUUAUCAAGUCCUCACAACCACUUUCCAAUGAUCAUUGCAAGUAUUUUAUAUUUCAGUUGCUACGUGGGCUGAAUUAUCUCCACUCAGCCAACAUUCUUCAUCGGGACCUGAAGCCUGGAAAUCUCCUUGUCAAUGCUAACUGCGACCUGAAGAUAUGUGAUUUUGGGCUGGCACGAACGAGCAGAGGCAAUGAACAGUUCAUGACUGAGUAUGUUGUUACCCGAUGGUAUCGUGCACCUGAGCUGCUACUCUGCUGUGACAAUUAUGGAACAUCCAUUGAUGUCUGGUCUGUCGGGCGUAUCUUUGCUGAGAUUCUUGGCCGCAAACCUAUCUUCCCUGGAACAGAGUGUCUGAACCAGCUGAAGCUAAUUAUCAGUGUCCUCGGUAGCCAAAAGGACACUGAUCUUGAGUUCAUCGACAACCCAAAAGCCAGGAGGUACAUCAAAACACUUCCUUAUACAAGGGGAACCCAUCUCUCACACCUAUACCCUCAUGCUGAUCCUUUGGCCAUAGACUUGUUGCAAAGGAUGCUGGUGUUUGAUCCUAGUAAGAGAAUUACGGUGACAGAAGCACUUCUACACCCUUACAUAUCAGGGCUGUACGAUCCAAGACGCGAACCACCAGCACAGGUUCCUAUCAAUCUAGACAUGGAUGAGAAUCUUGGGGAACAUAUGAUUAGGGAGAUGAUAUGGGAUGAGAUGCUUCAUUACCACCCUGAAGCUGUGUUAGCUCAUAGAUAGAUUAUGUUUCAAAAUCCUUUUUCUAGUGUGUCUGUGAGAUCAGUUAAAUAUUUCCACUUGGAAGCAUGACAUUGAGAGAAUGUACGUGAUAUUUACCAAGAUUUUGUUUGGACAUUUUGUUUAUCAGUUUUGGGUUUCAGAGCCGGACUAUGGCAUCUUGUAAAUUGUAAAUUGGCAUGCCAUCAUUUAUUGUGGUCUAUAAAAUAUAUCGAGCAAUGUAGACAUCUUGAUCUGGAAUAAUACGAUAAUGUUGAUGCA